AUGAUCAUGGCUAAUGAAGAUGAAAAAGGUCGCGUACCAGCGGCGUCAUCCUCUUCCAAGGGCACCAGCGCUCGUGAUCCUGCCGAUGAUGAGAAGGGUGCGCUGCUGCACAAAGAACGAGAAGCCGCGGAGAAGCUAAAUCCAUCCGGUAAAGCUGGCGAGGGUCGAAUGACCGGAGCCUUAGCAUUCGCUGUCUUCUCAGUUACUCUUGGAUCAUUUCAAUUCGGGUACCACAUAGGAUGUGUGAACGCACCCGGUGAGAUGAUCACGGCUUGGUUCCAAGAAUCCCAUCAAAGCCUUUUCAAUCAGGAGUUACCGAAAGCAAGCGCUGAUUUGACAUGGAGCAUAGCUGUGUCGAUGUUCGCCGUCGGUGGAAUGUUCGGUGGCUUGCUCUCCGGAUGGUUGGCUGACAAAGUUGGUCGACGUGGUGGCCUCCUUUAUAAUAACCUCUUCGCUUUCAUUGCUGCUGCCAUGAUGGGAUUGGCAAAGCCGUUGGGUGUAUACCCGAUGAUGGUCCUAGGGAGAUUAUUCAUUGGAUUUUAUUGUGGAUUGACUUGUAUCGUACCGAUGUAUCUUGCCGAAACAUCACCCACGAAUCUGCGUGGAAUGCUCGGCUCUCUGCAUCAACUUCUAGUCACCAUAUCCAUUCUAGUCUCACAGAUUUUCGGCCUUCCCUACAUUCUUGGCAACGUGGACCGAUGGCCGUUCAUAUUCGCAUUCACAGUAGUUCCAUCUGUGAUACAAGUAAUUACACUUCCCCUCAUCCCAGAAUCACCAAAGUACACGCUUUGUGUUCGUGGACAGCCGGAGAAAGCUACCAAAGAUCUCAAGAAAUUAAGAGGAAUGGAUGAUGUAAGCGCCGAGAUAGAAGUCUUCCGCGAAGAAGCUGCGGCAAGUGGUGCUGCCGCCCAGGCGAAACCGACUAUGCUGGAUAUGUUCCGUGGAUCGCUGUUGUGGCCAAUGACAAUUGCGAUUAUGAUGAUGCUUGCGCAGCAGUUAUCCGGUAUUAACGUAGCAAUGUUCUACUCGACAGUUAUUUUCAAACAGGCUGGCCUCAGUAAUGAGGGAGCUGUAUAUGCAACGAUUGGCAUGGGUUCCGUGAAUGUUAUUAUGACUGUUAUCUCAGUUUGGCUGGUCGAUCAUCCGAAAUUUGGACGUCGAUCACUACUACUGAUGGGGAUGAUCGGGAUGUGGAUUUCGACGAUUUUGUUAGUAGGGGCACUUUCUUUGACUGCUCAUGGACACCAGUGGGCUAGUUAUGGUGCCAUUGUAUUCGUCCUCUUGUUCGUAAUUUCGUUCGCUACGGGACCAGGAUCCAUUCCAUGGUUCUUUGUGUCCGAGAUCUUCGCCUCCAGUGCUCGUGGUAACGCAAACUCGAUUGCCGUGAUGGUUAACUGGACAGCUAACUUGAUUGUUGGACUUACCUUCCUUUCACUUAAUAACGCACUUGCACAAUAUUCGUUCCUUGUAUUUACUGGAUUCCUUACCUUCUUUAUCUUCUUCACAUGGCGGUUCGUACCAGAGACCAAAGGCAGGACUGUCGAGGAGAUCACGGCGUCAUUCGAGAAAAGGAAGCGCUAA